CAAAAUGCUCCAACAAGACUUUGAGAAAUCAGCCGCUGGAAAACAUGUUGUUAAACAUUUGGAACGGCUAGCCCAACGUCUGAAAGCCAUCGAGGAAUCGCAGAAGAAGCAGCCGUAGAGAAUAAAAUUGAUAGCCUCAGGUUUCGCUAUGGACGACUCGACGUUCCCUCCCACAACAGAUCCCUCCCUGAUCAAACUUCAAGAGCUUCUCAGCAAGGGCGACCUCAACGAAGCCAAGGAUUUUUUCUUCGGCCCUGAAAUUGCUGAAAAGACUCUAAAAUCCCCCAUGGAUGUCAUUCGAACCCUUGUGACGUUUGUUAGUCCCAGACAAAAGUGCUCAAAUCCCUCCCUGGUUGACACUUGCCAGUUGAUGCUUGAGUCUGUGGCUGAAAAUGUGGCAGACCCCGAUGAGAUUUACCUGGAACUGCUUUCCAACAUGGACGAUAAGGAGAACCCAGUGCUCCUAAUUAUUAUCUUGAAAUGCGUUGAAAUUUGCCUGGCUAAAAUGAGUUCAUCGAAGACAAGAGCUUUGGACUGGUGCCUUGCAACCUUGAGGGACACCCUAGAUGAUUUGCCCUCUGACGUUGAUCUGACUGAAAUUUACCCUGAGAUAGAAAAGUUUUUCCAAAAAUGCAUUGCUGAUCUUGAUGUUGGAAAUGAAAAAGACUGUGAAGAGCAAAAACAGUGCCUUGCAACAUUCCUCUUGACUCAACUUGUGCACACAAGUCUGCCAGAAGAUACCUUAGUUGGUUUUGUUCAUUCUUUGACAAAAGUCCUGCCACACUUUGGUCACCCUUUGAAAUAUCUGAGUGAAAAGGGUGGAUGGAAGAAAAACAAGACGGACAAUCAUCACUUCUUGGAUGAAGUUCCACUCAGCGCAUCUUUUGAGAUGCUGUAUUAUUACGUAAUUCACAAAGGAAUUGGGUAUGACUUUUUCCCACAAGUGUACAGCCCUCAGUUCCUCUUUGUCCAACUUGGUGCUCUCUGCUCCGAACUUGUAGCAAAUGGAGACCGUGACCUGCAGGAAAAAGGGCUCAAAAUGUUGAUUGACGUCCUUGAUCGAGUUGACCCGGGCAGCAUUACUCAUCAUGCACUCUCCGCUAACCACUACCCAAACCUGCUGAAGGGCCUCUGCAAUAUGAUGGUCUACUGUAGCAACGAAGACACGAGGAUAAAAGCUGCGGCAACUUUCAAAAGACUCAUGUACGUCUUUGAUGAGAGAGGACGACACUUGAUUCUCCUUCAUGGCUACCGAACUUUGGAGGAACAAGGUGUACGAGGGUACAUGGUCACAAUUUCUAAGGACUUUGUCACUGAGUACUUGAAGAGUGGCAACUAUUUCAUGCAAAAUCUGCCAGAGCUGCUUAACAGGAUGUUUGUGCUACCGCAGGGUGAAAAAACUUUGCUAUUUGACUGGAUAGACACAGUUGUCUCCAAACUUAAUCUUUUGAGGUAUAUAGUGAUGGCUGAUCCAAAGCCUGGUGCCUUCACAGGCAUUUGGGAUAUAGAAAUUGACAUUAACGAGCGUUUUUUGAAACCAUUGAGUGAUGCUCUGAAAUACAGCAGGGAGUACUUAAAUGACCGAAUGAAUGAUGCACAAAUUCUGUCAAAUACUCAUCCCACUGGAUCUACUGUCCAAGUAGGUGGAGAAACGCUACCUGCACCUAAUUACGAAGAGGAGGUUGGUGGAAUCAAAUUAAAACUGACUCAGCUUGAUUUUGUCCAGCACAUCUACGAGAUAGUGAUUGAGAAAUUUGUGUAAUUCUAAAUUUAUUAAAUUUAAUGUAAUUAAUUCAUAAUGGUGGAAUUAAUGGAUUGAAUAAAAUUGCAUCAAUCAGUGAGCAUUAAAUGCAAGGAUGU